AUGUCUUUCAAAUCGAGCUCCUCCAAACUGGAGGCUCAAGAUACAGUGAACAAACUUCUUUCAUCGUUCCUCCCUGGGUCCAGUCGCUCCGAGCCCUCUGCAGAAGCCAGAAAGAAUAGAUCCCGAGCUAGCACGAUUAACGACCAGAUAAUCAGAGCUCAAAAACUACAUGCUCUUCAAGAACAAGGCAGGAAACUCAAGCGCAAAGAGAAGGUUGCCAAAAGAGCCAGAGUGAAACGCUCCAAAGAAGAACAUCUAAAGGCUACCCGGAUUGGGCAGCUGAAGUUUUCAAAUGACAACCCCAAGACAAGCAAGCUCAUAAAACAGGUUAUUGACUCAGGAGUUCAGAGUCUGCAAUCAUGGGAAGAAGGAAAUGCUUCGGAGGAAGAGGAGUUGCAGGCAAGGAUAAUACGACUGAGAUCGAAGGCCAGUGGGCCAUCCAAUAAGAGGAAGGAAAAACGUGAGAAGGCCUUGGAUUUCCAGACGAAGAUCAAGAGAGGUGUUCUAUCAUAUCCAGGAUUGACUCCAGGUCUUGCCCCUGUGGGUGCUACAGACUCGGAAGACUCGGAAGACGAGCGUGAAGACAGCGGACUGUAG